AUAUUUUCUGCCGAGCUGACCGGCCACGAGCCAAUAUGGAGACAACUAGAAGCCAGCAUUAUGGCCUUUCUUGAAGCACCGGUACCUGAGACCCUUCCAGAGGGCCUGCGGAUUACUUAUGGCAGCGACCUCAACUCAAUUCCUAAAAGUUCCACUACUCAGAAAACUCCUGGAAUGCAGUCAACAGGGCUGACUGAUUUACUUGAACGAGCACGGAUUCUCAACAUACAGCUAAAUGAGCAAGUAGCAAAGCGUCUAACACGUCUCAACGACUGUCUCGAGUCGGCUCAGUAUCAGGCGGAUGCGAACGACGCGCGUGAUUGGAUGGCUGAACGGCGAGCUUUGUUGAGGGCCGUUGAAAAGGAGAUCAGACCAACUCAACUUACACAAAAGACCACGAAGGAAGAAGUAAAAUGGAUUUGGAAGGACUCUAGUAAGGAUGCAGGUGCUACGCAGGUUAGUUUAAAAUUAUAUAAUUAUAUAUUUUGGAUAGAGAAUAUAAAUCCUUCAUAUUUAAUAUAUAUAUUACUAUUUUGA